AUGGAGGUUGAGAAGACGUUAUUAGCAGAGAAACCCAUAUUUAUUGAACCAAGCAUUAUUGAUAAUGAUGAUUGGGUAGUUUCAUCCAAAUCAGAAACGAGUAACGUUGAUUUGUGCAACCAUUUUGAAAGCUUUAAGAUGCUUGUAAAGAUGGAACUACCAUGUAAUAAUAAUGAAUCUGUUGAGGAAAAGCUUCGUUGGCUUAGAUCUCAGAUGAUAGGUAACGCUGCUGAGUUCUAUUCUCCAUUUGGAAGAAGAGAACUUGUAUAUGCUGAUCACACUGCUUCAGGUCGCAGCCUUCAAUACAAUGAAGAUUUCAUCAUCAAACAUGUUCUUCCUUUUUAUGGCAAUACUCACACGUGUGACAGUUAUGUGGGAAGUAGAAGCACAAGAAUUUUGCAUGAAGCAAGCGAGUACAUUAAGGAAUGCUUAGGAGGUGGUGAAGAAAAUGCAAUCAUAUUCUGUGGUUCGGGGACAACCGCAGCCAUCAAGAGGCUCCAAGAAGUAAUGGGCAUCGCGGUGCCCUCAAUUCUGAGAGAAAGGGUGGUAAAGAGCCUCAGCAAAGAAGAAAGAUGGGUUGUGUUUGUGGGACCCUACGAGCACCAUUCCAACCUGCUUUCAUGGCGGCAAAGCUUGGCCGAAGUAGUUGAGAUUGGCCUCGAUGAUGAAGGCUUGCUAGACAUGGAUGCCCUUAAGCUACAACUUGAGGCCUACAAAAAUACCAACAGACCAUUGUUGGGAUCUUUCUCUGCUUGUAGCAAUGUCACCGGGAUAAACUCCGACACACCAGCCAUUGCUCGCCUUCUUCAUCAAUACAACGCCUUUGCAUGCUUUGAUUUUGCAGCAAGUGGGCCAUAUGUGGAGAUUUGCAUGAGGAGAGAGGAGAGGGAUGAUUGGUAUGAUGCGGUGUUCUUGAGUCCGCACAAGUUUGUUGGUGGUCCUGACACGCCGGGGAUUCUCCUCAUGAACAAGGCACUGUACCGGUUGAAUUCUUCGCCACCCUCCAUUUGUGGAGGUGGCACUGUGAAUUAUGUCAACGGCUUCGACGAGAAGGAUACGUUAUACUUGGAGAACAUAGAAGAAAGGGAAAAUGGGGGCACCCCUCCAAUAAUCCAAACAGUAAGAGCAGCCUUAGCAUUUUGGGUGAAAGAAUAUAUUGGCUACAAAGAGAUUGAAAGAAGGGAACAAAUAUAUAUUAACAGGGCACUUAAGAGGCUCAUCUCAAACCCUAACAUUAAGGUUUUGGGAAACAAAAGCACCAAAAGACAAGCUAUUUUGUCCUUUGUGAUUUAUUCUACCACCAAUUCCUCAUCAACAUGUUGGGGCAACGAUCAAAACCAAGAAAAUAGUAAUGAAGAGGAACUUAAUUUGUGGGAAGAGAUGGGGAACAAAAGGGGUAAAUUACUUCAUGGACCUUUUGUUGCAACAUUGCUCAAUGACCUAUUUGGCAUUCAAGCUCGUGGUGGGUGCGCUUGUGCUGGACCUUAUGGCCACCAUUUGCUCAAUAUCAGCAAACCUCAAUCUCUUGAUGUUAGGUCAGCCAUUCAACAGGGUUAUGUUGGAAUAAAACCUGGAUGGACCAGAGUGAGUUUUCCCUAUUACAUGGAGGAAGAGGAUUUUGAGUUCAUUCUAGCAGCCAUAGAGUUUGUAGCCAUGUAUGGCCAACGGUUCCUUCCUCUUUACAGCUUCAACUUGAGAAAUGGAAGAUGGAGAGUAGUGAAGACUCAGGAACUUGGGGCUCUAAUAAAGGAAAACAAUAAUAAUAAUAAUUAUUGCAACUAUAGAAGAACUAUGGAGGAAACAAGCGUUGAGUAUGAUAAUGGGGUUAAUAAUAAGCAAGUUAGAAUGUUGAGGAGAAAAUCUUACCUUGACAUGGCUAAGUAUAUCGCUACUCGCCUCCCAAAGUUCCCUUCUCAAACCAUGCUAAUGGAAAACGUAAAUCCCAGUGCACUCCAUUUUAGAAUUUAA